UAAAAGGCAGAGAGCACUUCUACUGGACACGAAAGCCUCUAAACCCCUUCAACAAGAAAAUUAAGAGGAAUCAGCGAAAAAAUCUCAGUUUAAUGGCGGACGAUUACGAGUAUUACUUUCCUUGCUCUUCAUCCAGCGAUCUCGAUCCCGACGACGAGUUGAUCGCUGACGAUGGCGAUGAUGAUGGUGAUGAUGGUUACGCCGAGAGCGAUGGCGAUCCGUCGGAGUUGAUCGACCGCUUUGUUGCCUCGGUCAUCACGGAAGACACCCUAUUGUUGGCGCAGAAAGAGGAUUUGGGGAAGGUGAUGGAUUUGUUUGCUUUGAGCGAGCAGCAUGCAAGGACAUUGUUGAUUUAUUACAGGUGGGAUGUGGAGAGGGUUUUAGAGAUUUUUGAGAAGAAGGGGAGGGAUAUGAUGUUUUUAGAUGCAGGUGUUAUGAUUGAGAACAAAGGGGCGAUUUUGGCUUCUUCGUCGGGGGAGAUUACUUGUGGUAUUUGUUUUGAUGAUGUUUCUCGUGAUGCAGCCACGGUGAUGGAUUGUGGCCAUUACUUUUGUGAUGAUUGUUGGACAGAGCAUUUCAUUGUCAGGAUAAAGGAAGGACAAAGUCGAAGGAUUAAGUGCAUGGCCUCUAAUUGUAAUGCUAUAUGUGAUGAAUUCAUUGUCAGGAGUCUUGUGAGCAAAAGGAAUCCUGAUAUUGCAGAUAAAUUUGACCGUUGUCUUCUUGAAUCUUAUAUUGAUGAUAAUAAAAGGGUCAAAUGGUGCCCCAGCACUCCACAUUGUGGAAAUGCUAUUUGUGUUAAGGAUGACUUGCUCUGUGAGGUUGAAUGUACGUGCGGGCACCAGUUUUGUUUCAGUUGUUUGUUGGAAGCGCAUUCACCUUGUUCAUGCUUGAUAUGGGAUCUAUGGAGUAAGAAAUGCAACACUGAAUCAGAAAAUAUUAAGUGGAUUGUUACUAACACGAAGCCCUGCCCCAAGUGUUUGAAAUCUGUGGAUAAGAACGGUGGAUGCAACUUAGUGGUUUGCGUCUGUGGACAAGCAUUUUGCUGGUUAUGUGGCGGCGCUACUGGGAGAGAACAUACUUGGACAUCUAUUACUGGCCACAGCUGUAACCGCUACAAAAAUGAUAAUACAAAGAAGAAAGAACACACAAAAAAGAACCACUACAGGUUUGUGCAUUAUCAUGAUCGAUACAAAGCUCACACUGAUUCCCUCAACCAAGAAAGCAAGCAGAGGAACACUCUGCUGGAAAAAAUAUCCAUGUCAGAAAAUAAGGAAUCAGAAAUCAAAGAUUAUAGUUGGGCGCUAAAUGGAAUGAGUCGUCUCUUUCGAUCAAGGCGUGUUCUUACAUACACAUACCCUUUUGCAUAUUAUAUGUUUGGGGAUGAACUCUUCCAAGGCGAGUUAUCAAAUAAAGAAAGGGAAAUGAAAAAGAAUCUGUUUGAAGACCAGCAGCAGCAAUUAGAAGGCAAUGUAGAAAGACUUUCUAUGAAUCUUGAGAAGGACUUCCAAUUUCUUACGGAUGCAAAAAUUGACGAGAUAAAAAUGAACGUUCUUGAUUUGUCAAGAAUUGUGGACUUCCUCUGCCUGCAAAUGUACAAAUGCAUAGAGCAUGAUUUAUUGGAACCUCUUGGGAAUGCAACACACCAAAUUGCUCCCUACAAAUCCAAUGGUGUAGAAAGAGCACCAGAACUUUCUAUAUAUUUGGAUCAUUGUGCUGAACAAGGAAAGCAUGUCAGCUCUUAAUAGAUAAGUAGGGGAGAGAAGUAUGACAAUUUCUACAGUGCUCUUUACAAAAUAUUCAGGAGAUGCCCUUCACUUAAUGCUCAAAACGCAAGUGAGGUAGGACAUGAAUAUAUUAUGUCAACAUCUUACCAGUAGCCGGUAGCUCCACUCCUGUACAGUCCAUACGGGAACUGGGAGAUGCAUACUGCGGGGAUAUCGAAGCUCAUCAAUUUUGUUUUUUUUUUUAAUCCUUUUUUUUCUGGGUCCAAGUAGGACGCUAGCUAUAUAUAAAAGUAAUAUUACAAAUAGAAAGUAGAAAUAUUACAAGUAUGCUAAUAAAUCAUUAACAGAGAAUGUCCUGUUUCUUUCUUAUUGUUGAUAGCGAGUAAUGCUAGUUCCAUCUCUUUGUAUAUAUUAUAUCUGCUCUGCGCUUUUGAAGUAUCAAUGCAUAAAGGAGUGGAAUCUUAUAGAGA